AACACGGCAAGUCACAAAUUACACUAAAGAAAAAAAAAAAACAUUACAAAUCUUGGAAGAAACUAAUAUCCUUGAUAAGCUUGGCUUCAAAAAAUACGACAAUGGUCCUCCACGUUUGGGGUGGCUCAUUAAUAUGAGUGGUGUUAAGCCUCAAGCUGGAAUAGAUGAAUACUUCAGAUGUACAAUAUAUUAUUAUCCAUAUUUUUAUGUUCAAUGUCAGCCCGGAACGGAACAUACCGUUGGAGAAUAUUUAGGAAGGAAAUAUGACCAAUAUAUAUACAAAGUAUCAUAUGUGGUCAAGCAAGAUCUAAAAAAGGCAAAUCAUCUAAUAAAUGGUGAACAAAUUUAUAUAAAACUCGAGUUUUGGAACGUCAUAGAAUUAGUGACAGUGCGUAAUCAACUUUUUCGUAUUGCAACCGAAAACCGUAAAAAUUUGAAUAUUGUAAACAUAUAUGGAAAUAAUACAAGUGAUUAUGGCAGUAAAUAUUCAGAAGCCGGGCAAAAAGAUAAAGUAUUAGACGAUAUUAUUGAUCUUCGUGAAUAUGAUAUACCUUAUUAUCAACGGGCUGCUAUGGACCUUGGCUAUAGAGUUGGUCAGUGGUAUACUGUCACAGCCUUUCCCCAAGAUGAUGGGGCGUUGAUUACAAUGCAUCAUCGCGAAGACAUAAAACAACGUGGAGAUCCAGUUAUUCUCGCAUAUGAUAUUGAAACUUCAAAAAAACCCCUCAAAUUUCCUGACUCUGCCAAUGACCCCAUAAUGAUGAUAUCUUACAUGAUAAAUGGCAUGGGAUUUCUUAUCGUUAAUCGUGAUAUCGUUUCUGAAGAUAUUGAAGAAAUUGAAUAUUCACCAUCCACUCAAUACAAGGGAUUUUUUAAAAUAUUUAAUGAACCGAGUGAGAGAGCGUUACUCGAGCGUUUUUUUAAGCAUAUCCAAGAACAAAAGCCAACCAUAAUUGUAACGUAUAAUGGUGAUAAUUUUGAUUGGCCUUAUGUUGAAGGCAGAGCUUCGAAAUAUGGUAUCAAUAUGUAUAAAGAAAUUGGCUUUAAAAAAAAUAUGAAUGAUGAGUAUGUAAGCAAGCAUUGUUUACAUAUGGAUUGUCUACAUUGGGUGAAAAGAGACAGCUAUCUUCCUGUUGGUAGUCAGGGUUUAAAGAAUGUUACUCAUGCUAAAUUGGGUUAUAAUCCUGAUGAACUAGAUCCAGAAGUUAUGACAAAGUUUGCGUAUGAGAAACCACACACUUUGGCACGAUAUUCUGUUUCUGAUGCAGUGGCGACGUAUUAUUUAUACACUGAAUAUAUCCAUCCGUUUAUUUUUUCACUUUGUAAUAUUAUCCCAUUAAAUCCGGAUGAUAUAUUGCGAAAAGGAACCGGAACUCUAUGUGAAGCAUUAUUAAUGGUUAAAGUGGAAGCAUACCGUGCCAACAUCAUAAUGCCAAAUAAACACGAGGAAAAUGAUGAAAUGUUCUUUAAAGACCAUCUCCUCCAAGAUGAAACAUAUAUUGGUGGCCAUGUUGAUGCAUUAGAAGCAGGUGUUUUCCGGUCGGAUAUACCAGUCAGUUUCAAUAUUGAUCAUGCAGCUAUCCAGCAGCUAAUUGAUGAUAUAGAUGUUGCAUUGGAGUUUGCAAUUUGGGAAACAUUCAAAGAAACAGAAAGAAAUAUUGAAUCUGCUUUUAAUAUGCGGGAUCAAGCUCGAAAACAAAUUAUCGAUGAAAAGUUAACGGAGAUCACGAAUUAUGAUGAGGUCCGAUCGCAAAUUAUAUCCGCUCUUGAAUCUCUUAAACAAGGAGAACAACCACUUGAGCAAACGCCUCUAAUUUAUCAUUUAGAUGUUGCUGCCAUGUAUCCAAAUAUAAUUCUCACUAAUCGACUUCAACCCGAUUCGAUUGUCGCUGAAGACGUGUGUCUUAGAUGCGAUUAUAAUGUUCCUGGGAAAAAAUGUGAUAGAAGAAUGACAUGGUCAUGGCGGGGAGAUUUUUAUCCUGCAAAGACAAAUGAAUAUAAAAUGAUUAAGAAGCAAUUAAUGUCUGAAACAUUUCCCGGAAAAAAUCCGGGAGACAAAGGACGUUCUUAUUACCUUUUAAGUCUAGAAGAACAAACAGCAAUUUUGAAGAAACGUCUUGGUGAUUAUUGUCAGACUGUAUACAAAAGAAAAAAAGAGACAGAGGUGGAGCAACGAGAGGCCAUAGUUUGUCAACGUGAAAACCCAUUUUAUGUUAAUACUGUUCUGAGUUUUCGUGAUCGGAGAUAUAAAUACAAACAUGAUGUUAAAGAAUGGAAAAAGAAGCUGGCAGAAGCAACAAAAUAUGAAGACCUUGUAAAGAUUGAAGAAGCUAAAAAAAUGAUAAUUUUAUAUGACUCUUUACAACUUGCUCACAAAUGUCUCCUUAACUCUUUUUAUGGUUAUGUCAUGCGCAAAGGAUCUCGAUGGUAUUCAAUGGAAAUGGCCGGGAUAGUAUGUGAUACAGGUGCAAAAAUUAUUCAAACUGCCAGACAAUUGAUUGAAAAAGUCGGAAGACCUCUUGAACUUGAUACAGAUGGAAUUUGGUGUGUUCUUCCUUCAAUAUUUCCGGAAAAUGUUACAUUUAAAUUAUCUUCUGGAAAAACAUUUUCCAUAUCAUAUCCUUGCACAAUGUUGAAUUAUUUAGUUCAUCAAAAAUUCACCAAUGAUCAAUAUCAAAGGCUGUCUAGUAUAACAAAUGAAUAUGAGAUUGGAAAAGAGAACAGUAUAUUUUUCGAAGUUGAUGGACCAUAUAGAGCGAUGAUAUUACCUUCUUCCUUAGAAGAAAAUAAACUUUUGAAGAAACGUUAUGCUGUAUUUGCACAUGACGGUACGUUACAAGAGUUGAAAGGAUUUGAAGUGAAACGGCGUGGCGAACUCAAACUUUUAAAAAACUUUCAAGAAGUCAUAUUUCAAGUUUUUCUACGAGGAAAAACGUUAAAUGAUUGUUAUGCUGAAGUUGGAAAAGUUGCAAAUGCUUUUUUGGAUGUGCUCGAACAAAAGGGUGCCACUCUCUCUGAUGAAGAGUUGAUAGAUAGUAUUAGUGAAAAGCGAGGGAUGUCACGUGCUCUGGAAGAUUAUGGAGAUCAAAAAUCUACAUCUAUUACUGCCGCCAAACGUUUGGCAGAAUUCCUGGGUACGGAAAUGGUCAAAGACAAUAAGUUGACAUGCCACUUUAUUGUAUCAGCCAAACCUUUAGGAGAUGCAAUAAGUGAACGAGUGAUUCCAAUAGCGAUAUUUUCAGCUGAGGAAAAUGUAAAGAGGCAUUAUUUACGGAAAUGGCUUAAGGAUCCUAGAAUGGAUAAUUUUGACAUUCGUAAUAUCUUAGAUUGGACUUAUUAUUAUGAACGUCUCGGAUCUGCUAUUCAAAAACUUAUUACAAUUCCCGCAACAGCACAGAAUGUUGAAAAUCCUAUUCCGCGGUUAAAGCAUCCUGAUUGGCUUCGCAAAAAAUUGUCAAUAAAUAGUGAUAAAAAUCGGCAAAGACGCAUUACUGAUAUGUUUCGAAGAACAGAUGAUAUGGUUGUGGAUGAAAUUAAUUACGAAAAUAGAACAGAAGAUAUGGUUGUGGAUAAUUACGAAAAUGAUGAAUCACGAAACACUGAUAAUAUUGAUACCGGAUUAUCACAUAAUGAUCCGUCAAAUGAUAUUAAUGAUGUUAAUGAUAUUGAUGAUAUCGAAGAUUUUGGAACAUCUAAUUCAAAUGUGUCUAUACCAAACUACAAAAAAAGACCAAUCGAGAAAUCAUGUUCCGACAAGCCAACUCAAGAGGAAGAAUUGAUGGUACUUGACGAACCGCAACAUGAUGGCGAUGACGAUACAGAGAUAGUUGAUAAUCCAUCUUCAAAACGUCAAAAAGUUGAUGAAGACAUGAGUCAAAAAACAGUUGUAACUACAAAAAAGAAGAAAGACAAAAAUUCUAAAAAGUCUACACUCGAAAACUUUUGUGUUCAAAAAAAUCGUUGGGAAAUUCUACAAAUAAUUAAUACGGACACUCCAGGGGAAUUCCGUAUGUGGGUUUUAAUAGGUCAUGCGAUACAUGCAAUUCGUCUUACUGUUCCUAAAAAGGUUUACGUUAAUUAUAAACUACAAAAUCUUCCGGAUGAAGUAGAAAAAAUUGUUAAUGAUAAAGGAAGUAUUUCUAGAGUAAGUCGAACGUUGCCAGGGACACAUGAACGAUACAACUUAUUUGAAGUUAUAAUGCCAGAACCUAUCUAUUGGCAGAAUCAACAAUUGCUACUAAAUAUCUUCAACGAUCCUCUUGUUGAAGGUGUUUAUGAGACUCGAAUCACAUCACUAGACCGAGCGAUAAUAGAAAUUGGAUGUAUUAUCAGCAAAGACAGCGUAAAAUCCAAUAUUUUUAAAACAGCACCUCGAAAGGGAAUGAAUUUACAGGAUAUUAUAAAAACGGAAGUCUUUCAUAAAACACCAUACUUAGAAGAGCAUUCUUUUAAUUAUUUAUAUUUAUGCCAUAUCAUGUCUGGUGAUCGCCAUCUUUAUGGCUUAUUUUCUACAGUACGCAACAAAGCGCAUAUCUUCUUGGUAGAAAAAAGCAAAGUCAAAUCACAUUUGCCACAUUUACCUAAUGCUUAUGCCAAUAUCUUGGAAAGGAUGAGAAAUGAUCCUCGCUAUGACAAUGAGGUAUUUAAAUAUCAUGAAGAACUCAGUUUUGAAGUGUCUACGCAUGUCAGAGAUGAUAAAAAAACAUUUGCGAAAAAAUUAUCCAGAGAGAUUAAGGAAUAUAAAGAAGGAAGACAUGGGCCGACUAUUUUGGUAGUUCAGUCAUCAUUUACGUUAUGUAACCUAAUCGAGGAAGGGGUUAAAGCCCUUUUAGAAUUUCCUUCGAUGUAUAUAAACUUAAAUGAAAAUGAUAAUUUGCCUUCAUUGAAUUGGCAACGAUAUGCUUUUUCGCGCAUGAUAACUAAAUAUCUUAUCGUUGGACAAAUAAUCACGCAACGAAUUAAAAAGGCAAGAUACGCAAGGAUACCCCUUUGUAAUCUUAAUAAUGACAGUUCGAUUUUCAUUUCGGAUGUGUUAUUUGCUAGGAGAUUAAUUAAAAAUGACAUCAUUCUUUGGUGGUCACCUUAUCGCAAACCAGAUCAUGGAGGACGUGAGCAAGAUGAAUUUUUUGAAUAUUUGCAUCUUUCUGGUGAAAGUGGAAAUUGUGGGUUUGUUAACACACCGGGAAUACACAUGAAUAUAUGUUUUGAAAUUCAACUAGAUGAUUUGUUUGUGAACACUAUUAUAGAAUCAUCAUGGAUUAAUCAAAGUGAAGGAUCAAUACAACUUUUUGGGGACGAGAUGCCUCUGGCUACAUUUUCGGUACUUAAAUCAUUGGUUAAAGAUUGGUAUACCGAGGCGUCCAAUCCACAGAACGGAAUCGCAAGUAUCCUUAUUCGUAAUUUACAAAUUUGGAUUAGUGCGGUUAAUUCAAAUUUCUAUGACCACAAUAUUUGUGGAGUUAUACAUACUCUGAUGAGCAAGGUGGUCAUGCAACUUAUUGCCGAAUUUAGAAAUUCUGGUGUUGAAAUCGUUUAUAGUAACCUUUACAAGAUAAUAAUAGCAACGAAUAAGAGUGAAUUAAAUGUUGCCAACCAAUAUCGAGAUUUUAUCUUGAGAUAUAUCAAACAAAAACCAAUAUUUCAAGCAUUGAAGAUUAUUUGUAAAAAAACUUGGGCUAAUAUGAUUUGGUUAGAUUCGAAUAAUUUUUGUGGUACAUUAUGUCACGUCGAAGAACAAUUUGAGAACCAUUGGAAGAUUAAGGAAAAUCUUCCGCAGACUUUGUAUGAACUUUUUGAUAGCUUUGUGGAAGAAUUUGUUGAACUUUGCAAAGAAAAC